AUGACGCCAUUUCAGACAGGAAGCUCAUCAGUGUUUCUACCAGCUCAGAUUAGGCAAAAGCCUCGAGAAAUCUCCAUUUCUUCGAGUGUCCCAUCAUCUUCGGCAGUAAACGACGAAAUUCACGGGAAUUGUUAUUCGGUUACAUCAUUGAUAGAGCUUUUACGAGACUCUGCAGAUGAAAGGUGUCUGGAGAAAGCGAAAUCGAUUCAUGGCCUUGUUGCUAAAUUUCAGUUUAUGGGGAAGCCCUUGACGGUGAUGUUGAAUCAGAUGGUCAUCGCCUACUCGAAAUGCUCCGACUUUGGUUCUGCUCUUCAGGUGUUCGACGAAAUUCCGCAAAAGAGUGUUUUCUCGUGGACUGUUUUAAUCGUUGGAGCUACAGAGAAUGGGUUUUACCGUGAUGGGAUUGAUUACUUUGUUGAGAUGCUGGAAUGCGAUAUCUUCCCCGAUGAAUACGCUCUUUCUGCUGCAAUCCAAGCAUGUAUUGGCGUGGAAAGCAUUGAUCUGGGUCAAAUGGUUCAUGCUCAGGUUAUAACCCGGGGAUUUUCGUCUCUUUCGUUUGUUAAUACAUCUUUGCUUAGCAUGUAUGCUAAGUUGGGGAGGAUUGGAGAUUCUUGUAAGGUGUUCAACUCCAUGGAAAAUCGCAAUGAAGUUUCAUGGAACGCAAUGAUAUCAGGGUUUGUGUCAAACGGUCUUUACUCGGAAGCAUACAAUAGUUUCUUGAGAAUGCUGGGCGAGGACAUUAGACCGAAUGUAUCAUGUUUUAUUAGCGUCUCUAAAGCUAUUGGACAGUUGAGAGAUGCUGAGAAAGGUAGAUACAUUACUAGUAUUGCUUUCGAGAUGGCUAUGCAGUCAAAUAUCCACGUGGGAACAGCCUUGAUUGAUAUGCUUGCAAAAUGCGGAUGUGUUACUGAAGCACGGUCAGUUUUUGAGUCGAAUUUCACCGGAUGCGGAGGGAACUUACCGUGGAACGCUAUGAUAUCUGGUUAUACGACUUCUAGGCACGGAGAAGAAGCAAUGUUGCUGUUCCUAAGAAUGUGUCAGAAUAAUAUCAAACGAGAUGUAUACACAUAUUGCAGUACAUUGAACUCAAUUGCUGACCUGAGGUCGUUAGAAUAUGCAAAGCAGGUUCACGGGAUGAUAUGGAAAAGUGGCCGAGAAUUGACUAGUGUGAGUCUCUGCAAUGCCCUAAUGGAUGCCUACGCCAAAUGUGGGGAGCUUGAAGCAAUGAGAAAGCUUUUCGACACUAGAGAGGAAGCAAACCAGAUCUCAUGGACGACGCUUGUGACGGCUUAUUCUCAGUCUUGUGAAUGGGAGGAAGCACUAAGCGUCUUCUCUCAGAUGAGAGAAACAGGGUUUCAACCGAACGAGAUCACAUUUUCCGGUGUAUUUGCCUCAUGUGCUAGCCUCUGUUUUCUCCAGAUCUACUUCAAGAGCAAGAACCAGAGAGAGAGACUCAUGGAGAUUUCAGGUAACUCAAGAAUCAUAUAUCUUGCUGCACAUUCCGAGCAAGGCUAUAAGAUACAACGUCAAGGACAAUAUACAUACAAGCCAUUGAUUUUAAUGAAGAAGAUGUUCUACGAUUACCGAAGGCCUUAA